CGGGGACUACUCAGAGUCUGCGUUUUAGUAAGGCGCCCUGCCGGACAGACUGAGAAAAGAAAAGUCCUCGGCUUCAUUGCGCCCAGCUACAAGAGCUUUCUACUUUCGUCCUCUUCUGCUCAAGAUGGUGGCGUCCCGGGCAAUUGGCAGUCUCAGUCGCUUCUCUGCCUUCUGGAUCCUCCGCUCCAGAGGCUGUAUUUGCCGCAGCUUUACAGCAUCUUCUGCUUUGCUGACCAGAAACCAUAUUAAUUAUGGAGUCAAAGGGGAUGUGGUGGUUAUUCGGAUUAACUCACCCAAUUCUAAGGUAAAUACAUUGAAUAAAGAAGUACAAGCAGAGUUUGCAGAAGUUAUGAAUGAAAUCUGGGCCAAUGACCAAAUCAGAAGUGCUGUCCUUAUUUCAUCAAAGCCCGGCUGCUUUGUCGCAGGUGCUGAUAUCAACAUGCUAGCCUCUUGUACAACUCCGCAAGAAGCAACACGAAUAUCACAGGAAGGACAGAGAAUGUUUGAGAAACUUGAAAAGUCCUCAAAGCCCGUUGUAGCCGCCAUCAGUGGAUCCUGCUUGGGAGGAGGACUUGAGCUCGCCUUAGCAUGCCAAUACAGAGUAGCAACAAAGGACAAAAAAACAGUAUUGGGCGUCCCUGAAGUGUUACUGGGACUCUUACCAGGAGCUGGAGGUACCCAGAGACUGCCCAAAAUGGUGGGUGUUCCUGCUGCGUUUGACAUGAUGCUGACUGGUAGAAACAUUCGUGCAGACAGAGCAAAGAAAAUGGGAUUGGUUGACCAGUUGGUGGAACCCCUGGACCACUAACAUGGAUAAAAGGAAAUCAAGUGUAUCUCUGAGUCGUAUGGACAUCUCCAGCAAAUUAAUUGAAUCCAAGGAAGAUGUCAUGGGAAUCUUGGAUAACUG